GAGGAUCCGUGAGUGCGACGACAACGGCCUGGGCGAGCCCUACGCCAUCGUGCAGUUCACCUCAAAGGGCGAGUGCGAGAAGGCGUUCAACGAGAAGCAGGGCGGCAAGAUGAGCACGCACCGGGUGGUCCUGUCAGGCUGCAGCGAGUCGGAGUUCAAGGCCAUCGAGAGGAUUGUGGAGCCGCCCCCAGGGACCUACGCCUACGAGAAAAAAACGAUCACGACGCUCACCGACGCCGCAGCGGAGUCGCACGAGUCGCGCCCGGGGGCCUCCGCGGCCUGGGACGUGGCCUGGAAGCAGGCCUCCAAGCCGAAGCCGGAGCAGGAGCAGCGCACCCCGGCGAGCUGGGUGAUCAACGGACCGCCGAAACAGCAGCCCGAAGAGGAGCCCAAGGCGUGGCAGCCGUCCUACCUGGUCAGCCAGGACCCGAGAAGGCCAAGUCCACUGCGACGGGCUUCAUCACGGCCGCCCAGCAGACGGGCCAUGGCAGGAGCUACUACAGAGACAACGUCCCCGACCGCUUCAAAAGCGGCAGCUCAUCCGGCGACUACUACGGCGGCUCGUCUUCGGGCAGGGACCGCCGCGACGACCGCGACGACCGGGACCGGGACAGGGACCGCGACCGCGACCGGAAGUGACGGUCGGCGGCGUGCUGCCCAUGAUGCUGCCAAGAGCCCCGGGACCUAGGACAUUCCUGGCCAGGGCUUCUGCAAGAUUCGACGGGCGGGGUUGGAAGAUCCAGACGGGACGGCAAAAGGAGCCAUGAUGGGACCGGCGUUAGGAUUCUCGCGCUCCCUCGGACGGCAUGGUGCGCUAGAA